GUCAUGGCGUUACAGAUAGAUGUAGCGGAAUCCCUUAAAGAAACAUUGUAAUUUUUGUAUUGCUUUAUCCACGUUAAUCGGGUUACAUAUGUGUGUUAGGCAUGGAUAUCGUUGUGAUUCUAACAUUUAAAAAUAAAAUAAAAGUUAUUGCAGGAAAUGACCAACGAAUAUGACGUCGUCAUCAGAAAGCGACAUAUCAACGUCCAGAUGGAUAGUGAGGUGCAGCGAGAUGGAAGAGUUCUUGAUCUCACAGAUGAUGCCUGGAGAGAAGACAGGCUGCCAUAUGAGGAUGUGACAAUCCCACUGAGUGAACUUCCAGAAGCAGAGCAAGACAACGGUGGAUCGACUGAGUCAGUCAAAGAGCAAGAGAUGAAGUGGUCAGAUCUCGCCCUUCAGAGUUUGCAUGAAAACACCUCAAGCCUUGGCUCGUAGAGGAGAAGGUGCUCUGUCCUCCAGCCAUGUAUCUGUCCACCAUAUCAGUCUCUGAUUCAGGAUUUACAAUGGAACGAGCUCAGCAACAUGCUCGAUUAAUUUGUUAAUUCCGUGUUGUUUCCAUGUGUUUAUAUCAAAAUAAUUAAAUAAUAUUUAAAGUGGAAUUCAAAUGCAAUUAAAAUUUAGAGUUCUGUCUUGGUGAUAUGCAUGUUUAAAGGCCCAUCAUAGUGGUUCACUGAUCCUGUUUGGACUAAAAGUUUUAAGUCAUAGACUGAUAUAUCACUCAAGUCCAUUUUAAUAGGCCAAUAUUUGGGCAUUUUGAGUUUAUCGAUAAGAAUGAUAUCGGCGUCUGCUUGGCUAAUUAACAUAAGUGUUAGUCUCCCUUGUGUUGGUUUCAAAAUCUACCAGUAACCUUAUCAAUAAAUAAUGAACAACGACUGUUUUUUUGGGGUCUAAUUUGUUUCCGUCUUAUAUUGUUUGGGGUGGAGUACAUGUAAAAUAAGUAAUUGUCUCAGCCAUAUUGUGUGCAUUUAAUCUGUCAUCAUUGAAUUGUAUAGCCUAUAUCAAUAUUAUAUUACCCAUCGGCUAACAUGCCUCCUAGAUAUCGGUAUUGGCAAUUGAGGUUUAUCACAUAAAAAUUUAUAAUACUUCUUUCUAGAUAAGUUAGUAAUUUAGCAGUUGCCCCUCAUCCAUACAUUACCCUGACUGCAGGGACAGCUAUCCUAAAGAAAGGUUGUCAUCCAAUAUCAGGAACACUCCCAUACUGUCUCUACUUGAAAAUGCAACCUGUAGUCACAACCGUUGUGUGAUUGUGAUUGUCACCACUCCUCAGCAUCCUUAAAGGGUCUAUUAGUAAAACAUUUUGAGUGAAGGAUUGAAGACCUUAAUAUGAACUAGACGCAUCAGACUCAUUGAUUACACAAACCAAACAGUUUAUGAUGACGAUGAUAGCUUGUGGCAUGUAAUUGUGAUUGAACUAUGCUGAGGAUUCUGUUAAAAUGGGAUUUGUAAGUGACUGGAUAAAAUGUUGGACUAUAUUAGCAUUAAUUAUAUAAUAAUUGGAUUAAAAAUGCAAAAGAAAGGAAUCAAUAAAUCAAUCCUUCUCUUAGGCUAGACUGAAUUUUAUUUGGGUUUAAAGAUGACACUGAAAUGCUCCAAAUGUUAUAACAAAUAGCACAAAUAUAUAUUUGAACCAUGGCUAACUACCAUGACAUGGAUAAUAUUAUGUUUCAGUAAUAGCCAACAUGUAUAGUAUAAUACUAUCUCGGUUUUACAUAUUGUCAACUAGGUGGCUCCUUAGGCAGAUGCAUAGAGGGUUGGGGGAUUAUGACCAAACAACUAUCCAUUUAUGUCUUGAUAUUAACAUAUUAAAUUAUAUCAUAAAUUGAUGGCCUUUUUCAGCAAUGUACUGUCCAAAAUCAAUAAAAAAUAAUUUAUUUUACAAUAGCUAUAGUAUUUUACAAAUAAUGCUAGUUGUAGAAUGCAUUUAUUUUACAGAGAAAAAUAUUAUUGUAGGUUCACUCAUUUGCUAGCUAUACUUUAAAAUGUUAGAAAGAAAAAAUCAUCCCAAAAAGUUUGUAAAGUCAAAAAGUGUCAUUGAGGCUGUGUGAUAUCAGACUGCAGGGUCAUACAUGCAUAAUUAAAUUAGGCCCUAAGGCUUUAAUGCUAAAGAUAGAUUUUGGGUCAAGUCAUCUUGAGGGGUACGCAAGUUUAGAAAUACAGAUUUAUGAUUUCAGUUUGGUCCCAUAAAAUAGAGGUUACAUGAGUACCUUUAUUUUUUUAACAAUAGCCACCCAACCAUUUUUUUCAGUCUAAAAAACAAAAACACGGCAUAUUAACUUCAAUCAUAAAAGUGCCGACAAAAAUGAACUUCAUAAGACGAAAAAAAAAAAAAACAGAUGUUAUCAGGGAAUUGACCACAAACAUACAAAUUAUGCCAUUUCGAGCUUGGGCUCCAUUAAAUA